UUUUGGCGCUUUUCCACAGCGCAGGGAGGUGGGCUAUAGCCUCGGCCGCCUUUCAGUCAAGGACAUUCGCAGCCCAAACCCUGGGUCUCUGGGAGAAGCAACCCAGAAUCAUGCAGCUGGAUGGAACCUUGGAUGGGGCGACCAUGCCUGGGCGUCUCUUUCUUUGCUGGGCUUUGCCCACCGGCGUUACUGCUGCACACCAAAGACAGCCUCGAGGGGAGAGGAAGAAGUAACACUGAGGGCAUCCGCGGGGCCAGGCAGGACCUGGCAUUCCACAGUACGGGCUCAGGCAGAUCCUCAGGAAGAGUUCAAAAGAAGCCAUCGUCACUGGAGAUGACAGCUCCGUGCAUGUUAUUGUUCCUGAAGACCUUCCAGUGCGACAAGACGGGGAGAUUUUACAAGUCCCUCUAUGUGGUACAAAUCUUCAUUCUUGUAGGAGUAUUGUGCUACUGUUUCCAGGAGUCUCUGGGGAAAAUAGCUCCUGACUAUGAAAUUUCCGGGGAAUCAUCACAGCCCAUAGGAGAUACCUUAAGGCCAGUGUGGGGGGUGAUGGAUAAGUGCUACCCUGUGACCACUCAGAGACCCAAAAUCAAGAGGGGGAAGAAGCAAGCCUCUAAGGCCAAGACCACCAGGGUACCAGGGGGACUGAAUGGUGCUGUCCCCCAGGAGGAGACCGACAUCCUGUCUCAGGAGGAAAGGCAGAAAAACAGAAAGAUCCAAAAGGAGGUUGCUUUAUAUCCAUCUGAGGCCUCUGAGGUGGGCAGCAAUGAGGAAAGGACUAGGGCCAAGGCCCCCAGUUCCUGAGGACACUCUGGGCCAAUUCCCAACCUCCAUCACCACCAAGACCAAGAACCGUGAACAACAAAGGAUUCAAUAAACCCAAAAGUUUCUGCUUCUACAGGCCCAGCUGCCUCCUCUUGAAGGCCCCAUGGCUUCUCAGACAACCACCCCACCUUGCCCCAUCCAUACUCCCUCUCCUGACAGAUGUGAGAGCACCAAUCCCUGCCCUGAGACACUCUAGAGUGGCCCGGGGGCUCUGGCUAGCCUUCUAACUCAGUUUCAGGGGAC